UGCAGCCAAUAGGAACAUCUCGUGUGAGGAAGCUGAAGACAUGGCGCUACGCAUAGGACGUGUUUACAGAAAAGAGUCUGUGUUGGGGAUAAGUCGCCUACUUUUAUCGGCUGUUCCCUGUUGUCAGUCCAGCCAGCGUUCCCACCAUACUCCUGGCACCUCUCUGAAGUACAUACCACGCCGCGCCGUGCUGUAUGUUCCCGGCAACGACGAAAGAAAACUGCGGAAACUGACUUCUCUGGAUGUGGACUGCGCCGUUCUCGACUGUGAGGAUGGAGUCGCCCUCAACAAGAAGGAUGCAGCUCGGAAAACCAUCCCAAAGAUGCUGGCUGAGCUGGAUCUGGGGCGUACGGAGAAGUGUGUGCGGGUGAACUCGGUGUCCAGCGGCCUGGCUGAAGCUGACAUGGAGGUUAUUCUGCAGGCAGACGUGCUUCCCACAGCUCUCAUGCUGCCAAAGGUGGAGGACACAGGAGAGGUGCAGUGGUUUGUUGACAGGUUUCAGCGAUACUUAAAAGGCAGGGAGCUCGAGGAACCCAUUCGUUUGGUCACCUUUGUGGAAACUGCUGUGGGUUUGCUGAAUUUUAAGGCAGUGUGUGAAGCACUUCGAGAUCUUGGGCCAAAGACAGGUCUUCAUCAUGACGGAGUUGUCUUCGGGUCAGAUGACUUCUGUGCCAGCAUAGGAGCCACACGCACUAAAGAUGCUAAAGAACUCCUGUAUGCCCGGCAGAAAGUGGUGGUCACAACCAAAGCGUUCGGUCUGCAGGCGAUCGACCUUGUUUACAUCGACUAUCAGGAUGUGGAAGGACUGAGGCAGCAGGCCAGAGAGGGUGUGCUUAUGGGCUUCACUGGAAAACAAGUGAUUCACCCGAACCAAAUCAAGGUUGUUCAAGAGGAAUUUGCCCCCAGUCCAGAAAGAAUCAAGUGGGCCGUGGACCUGAUCGCGGCAUUCGAGGAGCAUCAGAAGUUGGGAAAGGGGGCUUUCACCUUUCAUGGCAGUAUGAUUGACAUGCCAUCUCUGAAGCAAGCUCAGAACAUUGUCACGAUGGCUUCAACUGUUCAGGGAAAGUGAGCCAAACCUGAGUUCCUCAGACAUCAAAAUCCGCACCAUGCUGGCUGUGCCGUGCACUUCACGUCAAGAGCUAAAAACGACCUGCAUUUGUUUAACGGCAACGGAGAUGAUGUUCUAGUAGAUGUGUUGAUUUUAGAUUAAUUGACUGAUUGUUUUGCCUUCUGAAAGUCCUGCUGCAUUACCAUUUUCUGCAUUAGUUUGCAUUUGUGUGUGCGUCCCGGCCGCCCCCCUGCCUCUCUGGUGUCAUGGCAGACGAUUGGCCGUGGUAAAGGUUGUACGCGCCCAACGAAAGGGCAAACAAACAGAGCUGCCCUGCCGUCGAGCUUCCAUUCAGCCUGAAGGCUCCUCCAGGCCCCGGAACAUCAAAGCGCUAUUUGCCAAGAAGCGGCCGCGAAUUUACUAAAACCAACACUGAGAGAAUGAGCCUGUGAGCCCGCUCUAAAAUGUAGCUCUUUGUUUCACGGCACUCAGCAAGCCAGUUUGUUCUUGAAGACGAGGCUUGAAUGAGUCUGCAGCCUGGCAUAAGCUCUACGCGGCGUGCCACACGCUCUCUCGCAAACACGUACACAAAGGGCUCCGCGAGGGCUCGCUCUAUGUAAAUAUCAGCAUUUUUCCAUGGCUUUGUUACCCGGUCAGCGGUUCCCAUCUCUCCAUCCAGCUUCGAAGUCACCGUGAACAUGGCCAAGUGCUCAAAAGACGUGCCGCCGUUGUCCAUUUCACCAGUGGUUCCUCACACACACUUUGUCGAGAAUGCCUCUUUUGAAAUAAAACUCCAGGAUGUCAUUCCCAGUGAAUGACCAUCCUUUCCACCCUUGA